AUGAUUGAAAUGUUUACUGCCUUGGAUCCUGAAAUUCCUAGGGGUGCCGUCGCCUGGAAACCACCUCGUACACUACUUACCGGAACUGAUGCCGGCACCAGCCAACGGAACAACGAUCACGAUCCAUCCAAUGAAGCCUACCUCCACAUUCCCUGCCUGCUCGAGGCAUUCGACCAUCUCCGGGUGGCACUUGCCAAUGCAGAAGCACGCAUAAUAGGCGGGAGCGUCCUUAUCAUACAUGAAGGUAACUGGGUACGUGCAGAAACGGCUGUGUGGAGACCAGAAGGCAUCUCUGUAUUGAACGACAAGCCUACCGCUUCUGACGAAUUUGGUUUGGGUCGGAAGGAAGCCGUGGCCUUGUACGAAGAAGAUGAAGAUGAGGAUAAGAUCACUGUCGAACUAGACGAACACGGCCCUCUGGACGGCGUUGUCGCAACGAGUCCUGUCGUCGAGUACUUUGAAGACAACGAUGACGAAGACGAGGCUGAGGAGGAUGACUCUCCCCUGUUCGCACUCUCCUUGAUAGACUUUGCACAUACACGACUCGCGCCUGGAUAG